CGUAAAAAAAACUAAAAUUGCGUUUGCGAUGUCAGAUAUUCUAAUUUAUUUUUUAUACACUGAAAAUCGUGAUUGUUGAUUAUUGUAACUUAAAAUUGUCAUGAAAUCGUUUUGUGAGAGAUGAGUGUCUUCGGGGAUUUUCAACGCGUGUGGGUGCAACGUUUUCCUGAGAGCACUUUACCAGCCGCUUGGGAGGAAGAUGUCAGAGCCAAUUUAGCUAAACAUAAACAGAAAGUCGCUAUACUCAGGGAGGAGCUCGAGAAGGAAGAAUUUUAUGUAGAAUAUCUUGAAACUCUUUUAUCUGAUGUAGAGAAACAUAAGGCAGCUUCACAGAGUCACAAAGUGGCGCCGCCCUUAGGGACUGACACAAGUGACGAUAAGACUUCUGAUAGCAAACAGGGUUCAAACACAAAUUCCUUAUCAAAAAAAAGUGAAGGCAGUUUCAGUAAUAAAAGUGAUGACUCUAUCGAAGCGUUAGAGACUGAGGAUGAAAAAGUCAAUUUAAGAACUAGGCCAAAAACAUUUGCUGAGAGAAGUUCGGUUAACCAAUGUAUCAAUGAACUAUCUUCAAACCUUGCUGCAGAAGCUAGACGCCGGUGCAACAGUGAAGUUGUGCAGAGGACAGAAAAGGAGGAAGAUAAUAAUGAUCUUGAAUCAAAAAAAUCCACACAAUCUAAGAACCGUCCAGCAUCACAAGCAGGUGAUUUUGUAACAGUUAUUGAAGUUAAUGGUGUGAAAGCUGCAGAGAGUGCUGUGAAGAAAGCAGAAGAUUCACCACAAACCUCAGAGAGCAGCUCCGCAGAUCCUGCUGCUGCAGCUAAGAAGAAAGUACCACCAAAACCUCCACCAAAAGUGUUCAGUAGAAGAGGUGCUUCCCUGCCUGAAAGUGGUCUUCCAGAGGAUAGUCCUCCAUCUAGUUUAGGACGAAGGCUGCGUAAUUCAGAUUCAAGAGAAUCCAUCGCCAGUAGAGCUUCUACACCAUCCAUUAGUGAAAGGGUAAAAAGUUUUGAAUCGAUAAACUCAUUAUCAUCGGAACGCAAGCGGUCAGGUGGUGCUGCAACACCUAGAUCCAUAGAUGAGGAAGUAACAUCAACUACCCCUGAUCUACCCGAAGUACCAGAUGAUAAAUCUGGUCCCAUUUCAUUGGAAAGUAUACCUGCAGCUGUCCGCAAUGUUGAAGAUGAGCCAUAUUAUGAUCAAGUUCCGGUGGACAUAAAUGAUGGAGAAUAUGUUUAUAUACAAGCAGGUGGGGCUGGUUCAAGUACGGAAGAUGGGUCUAGUGGUACAAGUACACUGGCGAUGGCGCCGAGCGCGCCAACCGCACCGACAGCGCCCACGGCGCCCACCGCGCCCGACUCGCCGCUGUGCGCCACCGCGCCCAACUAUGUGAACAUACACUACUUCAUACAGCAAGGAGUCGAUGGUGCGGAAGCGAGUGAAACAAGUUCAGAAUUAGCUGAUUCAAGUGAUACACCUUUAUUGUUACGAACUAUUUCAUCCGAUACCGAAGCCAGUGCCACUCCGCCUGUAUUGAGAAAACUACAGCAUCAGGAAUCGAGUAACAAUGCUGAAGCCGAAAGACUUACAAUGCACCGUUGUAUUGUCACUAGUAUUAUUGAAAGCGAAACAGUUUAUGUCGAGUGUCUUUACGUUAUGGAGAAGUAUAUGAAUGCCAUUAAGGCGACGCUGUCAACGUCUCAACCUGUGAUAACUGAAGAGGAGUUUGGGACUAUAUUCUACAAGAUAUCUGAGUUACAUGAGUUACAUAAAAACUUUCUGGAAGGUCUGAAAGCGGCAGUAGCUAGUUGGGAAGAACCGUUGUGUGUCGGAAUACACUUUAAGAAAAUGGCUGAGAACAUAAACGUGUACGGCGCGUUCCUGCACAACUACGGGCGCGCGACGGACGCGGUGCGGCGCCGCUGCGGCAGCUCGCAGCGGUUCGCGGACCUCACGCGGCAGAUCGCGUGCCGCGGCCAGCCGAUGUCGCUGGACGACCUGCUGCACAAGCCGGUCGCGAGGGUGCAGAAGAACGCGCUCGUCUUGCACGAUCUCAUAAAAUAUACACCUGCAAGUCACCCGGACCACGCGAUGCUCACGGAAGCUCUGAAUAUGACACAACACUUCUUAGAUGAAUUUAAUAUUAUUCAAACAAAAUCUAUGUUCCCUAAUGCUGAUCGUGCACAAAGGAGAUUAGUAAAGAACUCGUUCAUAGUAGAAUUGUCAGAUGGACAUAGGAAAUUACGACACCUGUUUCUAUUCAAUGAUGUUAUAGCAUGUGCAAAAUAUAAGGCUUCCGGUCGGGAUAAAUUUACAUUUGAACUUAAAUGGUUCAUUACACUGCCAGAUAUAGUAGUAGUAGAGGAAGAUGGGAGUUCAGUGGAGAAAGAGACAAACCCUGCUAACAUAGUCGCGCUCAAGUCGCAAGCUUGUACCGUGCGAGAUCAAAUCUUAGCUGAGGAGCGAGCUGCACAAGAUGAUAAGAAAAUUCGUCUCGGUGGUCGUGGUGGUGCAGAAAAACAGCGCAAGAAGCUGGCAGAGUUAGAAGGGCAGCUCGUGCUGGCCAGCCCCAACUUAGUUUUCCGCGUGGCAGCGCGUACAUUACAGCGCCACCAUGUAUUCUUCCUGAGCUCGGAGUAUGAGCGCACGCAAUGGAUUGACUCCAUACACGCACUUCAGGCGUCCUCCGCGCCACCCGCCGGCUCCAGCACGGUGUCCAUGCUGGAGCUGCAGAGCUGGGUGACGGCGUGCCGCAGCUACCUGCAGACGGACAUGGGCUCGUACCUGCUGCGCAGCGGCCGCGACGACUCGUUGCUGCUGGGCGACCUGCAGCUGCACAUCGGCGGCAUGACCGCGCCGCUCGACACCGCCGCCGACUAUUACAUAAUCGUUGAGGUAGAUUCAUAUGGACAUUAUUUCCGGAAAGCGAAGUCAAAGCUGGUGUGUAGAAGUGCGCAGCCGCGCUGGAAUGAAAGUUUUACAAUUGAUCUCGAGGGUUCGCAAAAUUUACGGCUGUUGUUGUACGAGGAUGCUGCUCGACCAGUGCUGAGAGGGAAAUGCACGGUUAAGUUGUCCCGCGAGUGGGUGGCGGAGAGCGCGGCGGGCGGCGUGUCGCGCACGGUGUGCGUGGGCGGCGGCUCGCUGCCGCUGCGCCUCAAGCUGCUGCCGCCGGAGCGCUCCGCGCGCCACGUGCCCAACGCCAAGUCCGGCGCGCUCUUCGGCGCCAAGAUCACGCAUGUCGCUAAACGCGAAAAGCGCAACAUUCCAUUCAUAAUAAGUGCGUGCGUGCGCGAAGUGGAGAGGCGCGGCAUACACGAGGUGGGCGUGUACCGCGUGUCGGGCAGCGCCUCCGACCUGAACCGACUCAGGAAGAGCUUCGAGACUAAUGCAUAUGAAGCAGAACAACUGUUGAAGGAAGUUGAUAUACACAGUGUUACGGGUGUAUUAAAACUGUACCUUCGAGAAUUACCCGAAGCUUUGUUCACCGACGCUCUCUAUCCGGAAUUAUUGCGAGCUUGGGGCUCAACUCAGGGUGUUGGUACUUCAGUGGACUCGGGGCCAGCACAUACAAGACGACAUGCUCUUCUUAAGUGUUAUGCACAACUUCCUGAUCUCAACAAAAAUUGUAUUGAUUUCCUCCUAAACCACUUUGUGAAAGUUAACCAACACGAAGCGGAAAAUAAAAUGUCGCUGCACAAUUUGGCAACUGUAUUUGGCCCUACAUUACUUCGUCCAUCGAAUUCGGGUGCGGGAGCCAAACAACGAACCGACCCCCUAGCGGCUGGUACCGUCGAUGCCAUGGCCCAAGCAGGCAUACUCUAUUGUUUAUUGCAACAAAGGCAACUAGCCGCUCAAUUAUCAUCGCAUCAUAGAGCACCAACGCUGCUCGAUUAAAAAAUAAUAAUAAUAGUCCGCCAUCUUGUGAUGUAUCGAUUAUCGAGUCCUUAACAUUUCCCGCCACUUUUUGACUUCAAUGUUAGAUGUUAUAUCGUUUUAUUAGUUUUUGAUAAUAUACACAUUUGCCAAGCUAGUUUUACACAACAAUAUAGUCGUAGAAGUAAGUCAAUAAUACAACUGGGAGUGGGAAGGAAACAAAUACUUUUUGAUGUCUAUCUGUCUUGUUAAAUUACUACACGAGGCCUUAGUCGUUUUUUAUUAUUAACUAGGAGACACCUUAAUAUAUCAAUGGGGAUAAAUUGAUUCUUGGUGUAAUUUGGUAGUUUGCUUUAGCAAGUGUGUAUGGCCUAUAUGCUAUUUUAUUGAUGAUAAUAAUCAUUGUUGUAAUGUACAGAUGAAAUGCUGUCAGAUGAAAGUUGGUUUGGCUUUUACGCACUGAAAUGUAUUGUGGGUAAUAAUUCUUAAUACCUUCUGUAAAUAUGCAAUAUAAUUAAUUGGUGCUUUAUUCGAUUAAAUUAACAAGAACACUGUUUUAUGAAUGGGGAAUAUGUUUGAAAAUUUCAUGUCCCUAUUAAAUAAUAACAAAACACAAACACAAAGUAUCUUAUGACAGCAAAUCAUCUUAAUAAAUUACAUUAUUUAUAUUAUGUAGGUAAUAGGUAUGUAUAGGUUAUAUAAUGAAUUUCAAAACCCGGUUAUUCUGUUAUUCCAAUACAUUCCAUAAUGUGCAAAAUAAUGACUGAUUUUAUGUUUUCUACAAUAACUUUAAAAAAUGCGAGAUUGCAAAGAAAAACUAAAUUAUAAUGGGGUUUAGUAAAAAGAUCUAAGAAUGGUAAGUUUAACUAAAAAGAAAUAUUAAUGCAAUGAACUGUCAUAGGUGAAUGUGAAUCUUUAAUAUAUUCCAAAAAGGGAUUAAAGAGUAUUAUUAUAAGGGACCGAAAAGUAAUUCAUGGAUAGCGAUAUUGGUAUAGACUGAAACUAAAUUUUAAAAUAUUGCGAUUAGAUUAUACUUGCUUAAAAUAGCAAAUUGCAAAUUUAAGUGCUUUAAGGAGAAACAGGCUUAAGACUAAAACAAGUUAAUACUUACUAAUUUUUUUAAGUUUCAGCAUUUUCAGUACUAGUCGUGUUUUUGUAUUUUUGUGUACCGCUUCUAGUACAAGUGAAUAAAUCGAUACUUUAAAGAUAGCCCACACCAUACAGUCGCUAGAGUUAAAUAAUUUAAGUAUUUUACUUCACAACUAAUCCUACUAAGUUAGUACUUAAUGAUGACAAUUUACCAAAAAAUGAAAUUUUUUAGAACAAAGUUUAUUUCAUUUGUAAUUUGUAUUGAUUUGAUGUUAUGAAACACAUUGAAAGAAAUAAUCUAUUUUGUUAAGUAAUAUAUAAUUGUGUUUAUUAUAAAUUAGUAUUUAAGUUAUCUCUGUUCAAAGAACUUCCAUAUUGUUUUUCAUUUCACCAAAGACCACUGCUACAAUUUUGUUGCAGGAAUUCUUUAUAUGUACACUGUACCUAUUGGUAUACAUGCCUUCAAAUCUUCUUGUAUUAUUACAGCAUCACAGAAUUUCAAGAUAUAAUACAAAAAAUAACAAGGUUCAUUUGAAAGUCAUUUAUUUUGAUUCAAUAUCUGUACACCAUAAUGAAUAGACAUGGAAAAAUACUAGAAAUGAGCGUCUCGCUAUAGUAUAAACUUGGCUGCUGGUCAUGCAUGGUUAUGUGGUAUAUUACUUACUCUAUGUCCGUAGUGCAUUGUGUGCCGAGCACCGGAUUCCUUAUGUCUGUGUAGUUUAGGAAGAAAAAAGCCUAACCAUAACGAUUCUCUAAAAACAUCAAAAAUUUCUGAUUACGAAUUCUCACCCGCAAUACAAAACAAGCCAAAUUUAGUUGUUUAGGUGGCUUUAUUUUAUAAACUUCACAGAAAUUUGUCGUAACCUGCAUCUGCAACCUAAAUUCUACUUACUACCUAUUAUGAAGAGCAGGCAAGUUCAUACUACCCCAAGAUGCUCGUAGAAAAUGUAGAAAUCACAGUUGUGUAUUUGUGUACUUUCCUUCUAGCUUUAUUGAGUCACAGUUAUUUUCUGACAGCUUUUACACAAUAUUUUAGAUAUAAUAUUAUAUAUAACACAAAUAUAAGCAUUUCACUUGUGUACUAUUUAUACUGACUAACUUUUUACUCAUAUUUUGUUUAUUUUUGCAUAUUGUUAGUUGAAUAGUAAAUGAAAUAAUAUUAUUUGCACAAGUCAUUUUAUCAAAAUUUAAAGGGACAAUUAGUGGUCAUGAUACAAUGACCAAUUUUGCUUCGUAAUGAGGUUUUUUAUUUGAAACAUGACUUGAGGGUAUAGAUAUGAAUUACUCUGUUUACAGUAUUCUUUAUUUGUGCUUAAAUGUUUAAUUAUUUAGUUACUAUAAAAAUUAGACACUAUUUGAUAUCAUACAUUUACCUUUUCCAUUUGGUUAUUACAUAAUAAAUGCACUUGGUAGCUAAGUUUUCCUUUCUGACCAGUAACAAUUUAAUCAUCAAAUGUCUGUCAAUAGUUACAUCAAGCUUCUAUAAAGUUUAUUAUUAUAUUUAAUUUUUUGUAAUUAUUUUAUAUAUACUUUUACAAAGUUUACAACUGAAAAUCAUUACAGUGACAAUAAAUUACACUGCCAAAUCAGCGGCCAAUGUAAUUAUUAUAACCCGGUAGGGUAAAAUCUAGGAACACAUUUUAAAUAUGGUUACCCUUUGUUCAUACCCAAUUUAGAUUUUGUUAUCUCUGAUGUUGUGUGUAGAGUAUGUACCUAUAAGGUUAGAUUUUGUAUUAUUUGGAUUUUGUAUUUAAUUUUUGUAUAUAAAUGAUACUAAAAUGUAGCUAUGAACCUUUUCACAAUAAAAUGUAUUUUUAAUACACCU